AUGAUGAACUAUAGUAGUCAAAAAGAUAGCAUAGCUGACAGUUCAACCAUGGCUACUUUAAAAUCAGAUGAAAUGGAUGCAACUUACAAUUCUCAUGAAAAUGAAACUGAAACUAAUGAUUACAAUAACAAUAAUGAUAAAGCUGAACAAAAUUCGAAUACUGCAGAAACAUCAAACCCUCUAGCACAAAUUAGCUUUUCUCCGGACAAAGUUGACUACGAGAAAGUUGCAGGUGUUGUUAGAGAAAUACAUACUAAAAUUACAAUACCAACUAAUGAAGCAGACAGCAGUUUAAGUAAUCAAACCACAUCCAAUUUAGCUAAUAAAGAUUCGAACAUAAUAUGGUUAGAUAUAAAAUCAGAUACAGAUAUUAAAUCUUUUGGCGAUUUAAAUAACUCAAAACAUCAUUCUGAAAUAGUUGAUAUUAAUACAUCAACUACACCUUGGAUGAAUAUUAAAUCUUCUGCUGACUUAAUGAGCACAAAUUUAUCUCUUAUAAGUAAUAAUAGCAAUAAUAGUCAGUUACUUUCAAACAUCAAAGCAAAUAAGAAUUUCAAUGAAUUGUUUGAAAAUAUUUCAAGUGAAAAUAAAACUGCUAACAAUUCAGGUACUGAAUCCAUUGCUGUUUCAGGAACAUCAAUGAGACAAACUAUGCCAAUUACACAUUUUGAAAACUUAAUACCAUCAACGACAAACUCUAUUCUAAAUGAAAAUAUUUCGAAGCUUCAUCAAUCGCUUACAGGUACUAAAAUCUCAUCUAACACUAACAGCACAAAUAACAACUCAGAACAAAAUACAAAAGCUGAUGCAAAUAUCACCACUCCCGAAGAUAGUUUACUGGUAUCUGAAGCAAACCAACAAAAAGUCAGCAAAAAAGAGAAGCCCAUUAAAGGAACCAAAACUCAGCAUGUGUCAACUCCGGUACAAACUGAUUCAACUAGCGUUGCUACAUCAAACCGCCGUUGCUUGGAAGCACCUUCCCAAUGCGACGAGAACUUAAUGAUUUUGCUAGCACAACGCAAAACUUACAAACAGCCAGCGGCAUACUUCGUUUUCUUCUUGCGAACUCCCAUCCAGAACGUUUUUGUUUAA